AUGACCUCCAAAAACCUGGAAAAUAUGAUUCAGAAGACAGAACUAAUCAAACCCCUACUGCCAGAAACAAACCCAGCCGAAGCAACUUCUGCCCAAUUAUCCCAACUUACCCCCAAAAUCUUAGACCAUAUCAUGGCCGUCAUGGCCCCACAGCUAGAACAACUCUCCUCAACAUUCAACUUGCUAUCCCACUCCCUGGAAGAAGUUGUCAAAACACGCCAGAAAAUCGACGAACGUGUAGACCUAGACCGAGACAUCAAUGCAGCAGCAGACCAAAUCACAAAUGCAACAGACAUAUAUAGCGCCAUUGAAGACUGUCACACCUCUAUCAACCUCCUCAUCCCCUCGCUUGAAUUGACACAGGAAUAUAUCCACUCACUCUCAAUGCAGCUCCUGACUCAACCCAACCCCUCCCCACCUACUGCCUCAAAACUGCCAUUAUUCAGCAAAAUCACAACAGCCUAUACCAUAGACCCAAUGAUAAGGCUACACACCUCCUGCAGCAGCCCACCAAAUUUCCAAGUUUUUGCUCAUCAAACCCACCUGCCCCCAAACACAGCCAGCAGAACUCACCAUCAGAUACCCCCAAUAGAUGAAGCCCUAGCAAGGGCCACCUUACGCGCUAGACAAAUCCUCUUAGACCCCAUACCCGGCAACCUAGUCUUCCCUCUUGAUAUCAGCCAUGAAGAUACCCUAAGCAAGAUCCACACCACCAUUCAAACCACCCUCACCCAACAACCAUGA